UUUAACAUUCAUUAAUUGUUUGAACAGUUUUCUUUAACUCUAUUAAUUGGUUUAGUUAAAUUGUUAUGGUGACGAUGAUAAAACUUUUCAACAACCAAGCCAAUUAAAGGUAAAUAACAAUUUAAACUGUAAGAAAAAUCAAUUGAUCAAAUAAAUUGCUCUCUAAUUGUGCUCAAUCAAAAUUAAACUGUAAAAAACAAUCAAUCAAUUGUUCAUGAAUGAUGUUGAUAUUAAUACAAGAGAAACUCAAUUAAGAUGAUACAAUUAAUGAGCUUGUUGAUUACUUUGCUAAUUGUUGGGAUAAAUUGUGAUGUUAAGUGUAUACGGAUUAUUGAAUACAAUUGGAUAUCAAUUGAAAAUGUGACAAUCAGUAACAUCCCAUUAGGAUUAUAUCCAAUUUGUGCUUCAUUUUACAAUCAAAUUAACCAAACAGGUUGGUCUUUCUUGACCAUUUGGAGUGACCCUUCAACCCAAGUAAAUGAUUCAUUGAUUGCUUAUCUUGCUGGUUACCUUGAGGGCUACAUGACUGUUGAUUUAAUUGUAAAUCAUUACGAUAAUGCUUGGAAUAGUUAUUGUUCAGAUGAUCCAAAAUUUUGCAAGAAAAUAUUCAAAUUUUACCAGAAAAAAUUAUUUCAAAUUAAGAGCAAUUUAGAUGCAUUUUCUUCAAACAAUUCGUAUUGGUACCAAGUCUCCCUGAUUCUUAAUCAACUAACUGGAUUAAGUGAUGGAAUUACUGGUAAAACAAUUUACAAACCAGGAAUUAACAUCGAUUUACAUGGAAAGAUAUUCAUUCUCAACAUUCUUACCGAUAUUAUGAGCAUGGAAUCUGUUUACAAUCGAACUGUAAUCAAAAGCGAUUUAGGUCAUACAUCGUGUUCGGCAUUGGUUAAAUUAACAGUCAAUGAGUUAAUUGUUGGCCAUGCAACUUGGUAUGAACUUGGGUGCAUGUUGAGAAUAAUUAAAAAGUACAAUCUUCCCUAUCGAACAGGAUUUAACGAUAAUUCAACGAUACCUGGUUCGAUAAUCUCAAUGACUUCUUAUCCUGGAUUAAUUUUCUCUUGCGAUGAUUAUUAUCUUAUAUCUUCUGGAUUAGUUGUAAUGGAAACAAGUUUAACUAAUUACAAUUCUUCAAAUAAUAAAUUAAUUGAAAAAAAUGAAGGUCUAUUAACAUUCAUCAGGACAAUGGUUGCUAAUCGAUUGGCCAGUGAUGGUCACUCAUGGAGUUCAACAUUUGGACAAUAUAAUAGUGGAGCUUAUAAUAAUCAAUUUAUGAUAAUCGAUUAUAAUAAGUUUGAUAAUGUUUCAUAUAAACAUCAGGCCGGGUUACUUUGGGUUCUGGAGCAAAUGCCAGGGUUAAUUGUAGCCAAAGAUAUGACCAAAAGAUUGAUUAAAAAACGAUAUUGGUCAAGUUAUAAUAUUCCCUAUUUCCAAGAGAUUUAUCAACUGGCCAAUUAUCAGUCAAUGAGAAAACUACAUGGAUCAUUUGCCGAUUAUAAUACGAAUCCUCGAGCUAGACAAUUUAAAAGGAAACAAUCACAGGUAUACGAUUACAAGAGUGGACUUAAACUUUUAAGGUACAACAAUUAUCUUAAAGAUCCGGAUGCUCGGUGUAAUUGUGAUCCACCUUAUUCAUCAGGAAUCAGUAUCGCCUCAAGGUCCGAUCUUAAUAAUCCAAAUGGUAGAUAUGAUUUUCUUGGUGGUGGAUUAGUAAAUGAAGCUGCAAUCGAUGCCAAGGUAACAUCGUACAAAUUAUUCAAACAACUGAAAAUGUAUGCAAUCAGUGGGCCAACUUAUCAAGAUGUACCACCCUUUAUUUGGUCCAAUUCAACAUUGAGAGACACUGUUUCUCAUAAGGGACACCCUGAUGUGUGGGUAUUUGAACCGAUAUACUUUUAACUUGAUUUAGAGGCAAUUUAAUAACAAUAAAAGUAUAAUUUCAACUCAAUCUUUGUAUAUGUGAUAAUUUUACUGUUGUUGAUUGUUAUUAUUAAUUCAGCAUCUACUUUAGAUCAUUAAAUUUGGGAGAGUUGAUCAACCAAGAACAUGAUCAAAUGAAUGUCAAUAUUGAGACUGAAAGACAUGACAUCUAUUGGAUCAUUAUUGUUGUAUCAAUAUGUUAGAGGUGAAAGGUAAACUUUUGGUUUCAUUUGCUAUUAUUAACUAAUAAGUUCUGAAUGAAAUUAGAAAUAAGUGAAAUUAUUAUUA